UCCUUGAUUGAUGGCGAUGGACACUUUAGCAGAGCAAAUAAAAUGAGCUCGAGGCUACUGCGUAGAGAGAGGCAGUGACAGAGGGGGCGCGGAUACUAAACGGCGCAGGAGAGAGAGAGAUGGUAGGAGAAUCGAAAAGGUUUUGAUUUGAAAAGCCCAACAAGACGAAAGCCGCCCCAUAACGGGCUGCCUGCAAUGGCAAUGGGGGCAGAGAGAACAGUGUUAACCCUUCCUGUGAAUGAGUCUUUUGAGCUAGAGAAGGCAGUAUGCAGCCAUGGCUUCUUCAUGAUGGCCCCAAACUUAUGGUUCUCCUCCUCCCAAACUCUCCAACGCCCCUUACGCCUAACUGAUCGAUCCUCUGUCCCUGUUCGCAUAACCCAACUUUCUCUCUCCUCACAAAAAUCCCUGCAAAUCCUUGUUUUGGGGGCAAGCAAACUCUAUCAACAUGACCAACAAUAUCUUCUGGCUCAAGUCGCUAGGAUGCUUCGGAUUUCAGAAGAAGAUGAUUUAAAGGUGAACAAGUUUCAUGAGAUGUAUCCUGUUGCCAAAGAGACAGGUUUUGGGCGGGUUUUUCGAUCCCCCACCUUGUUUGAAGAUAUGGUGAAAAGCAUCCUUCUCUGCAAUUGCCAGUGGACGAGGACAUUGUCUAUGGCAAGAGCUUUGUGUGAGCUUCAACUAGAACUGAAUGGAAACUCUCUCAGACAAUCAAAUAAAGACACUGACUUUUCAAAAAGUGUUAAUCUUUCUCCUGUAACUCCGAUGCAACUAGAGCACAAGAAGAGGCGGAAAAACCCAAAUCAGAAUAUCAUCAUGAAUCUAAUGACAAAGUUCUCAGAAAAUGAAACUCAUUUAGCAGCUGAUGAAAGCUUAAGACCCAUAGAUCUUGCUAAGGACUUCUCCAAAAAUAGCCCAACUAUGUUCUCAUCUGAAGAAGGAAGAAAUGGGAAGUUAAACUAUGAUCAAGUCUCUGAAGAAAAGUUAGGGGAUGGGGCGAUACUAGAUAAUCAGUUAUUAGAAAAUAAAACACUAAGUUUUUUUCUGGAGGCUGGGAAUUUUCCAUGUCCCGAAGAACUUGCUAAUCUUGAUGAGAAGAUCUUAGAGAAACGUUGUAAAGUGGGAUUUAGAUCAAAGCGCAUAGUAAAGCUUGCUCAAAGCAUUGUGGAAGGCGCACUUGAUUUGGGAAAGAUUGAGGUUUUGAGUCAACAAGACCCGAUUCAUCUGGAUGGAUUGAUGAGGCAAUUGCUUAGCAUAUAUGGUGUUGGUCCUUAUGUGUGCAACAACGUGCUCAUGAGCAUGGGAAUUUACCAGAGGAUUCCUGCAGAUACUGAAACCCUUAGGCAUCUGAAACAGUUUCAUGCCAGAAAGCAAUGCACCAUAGGAACUAUUCAGAAAGAUAUUGAAGAGAUCUAUGGGAAACAUGAACCAUUCCAAUUUCUUGUUUACUGGUCAGAGAUGUGGGAAUUUUACGAAAAGAGGUUUGGCAAACUGAGUCAGAUGCCUCCCUCAGAUUACGAGCUUAUUACUGCACACAAUAUGAAGAACAAUAUUCCAAAAAGAAAAAGAUACAAAUGAGACAAUGCAUACAAUGGUUCAGUAUCUCUUUGUUUAUUAUCCCGGGCCAGUUUGGAGCAUGUCUUAAAUUAAAGUGGUCUUCUAUCUUUGAUGACCUUGAGGCUUUUUUAUAACUAGAGUAUUUUUGUGAAAACUUCUUUAAAUCAAAGGUCAGAGCUGUGGGAAUUUUACGAAAAGAGGUUUGGGAAACUGAGUCAGAUGCCUCACUCAGAUUACCAGCUUAUUACUGCACACAAUAUGAAAAACAAUAAUAUUCCAAAAAUAAGAAGAUACAAAUGAGACAAUCAUACAA